AUGUUCGAGGAGGAGGAGAUAGUCCCCAUGAGCUUUGAGAGUACCGCAACCUUCAGCUUCUGCUGCUCAGAGUCUGAUGAGGCCAGUGUUGCCCAGCACUCGACUUUCUCGUCGCGGCAAAUCACCCCAGAGCCCAUCAUCAAGCAGGAGGCACCCAUGGUCGAGCUACCACUCCGUCAAAACUACCCUGAUCCUGAAUCAAACGAUACAAACAUCUUUGAACCAGAGAUCAAGGCCGAGCCUCUUGCCGCUGACGACGAUAAGGACCUGGACUACAAGCCCAAGCUCUCGAGAAAACGUGCCCGUAACACCACGGCCAGAUCUCAGGCUCGCCCCUCCGGCUUGUCUCAUGAACGAAAGCGGUCAAAGGUCAACAACGACAUCAAUAGUCUAUCUUCAACGAGACUAAACGCAACACUUUCGUCGAUGAGAAACCCCAAAAUACUUUGCAAAGAGUGCAAAACCCCCUUUUCCGACGAGAGCACCCACCAGAAGCACAUGAAGCAACAUCACACCCGACCCUUUGUGUGCGUCUUCAACUACGCCGGCUGCCCAUCCACUUUUGCCAGCAAGAACGAAUGGAAGCGUCACGUAAGCUCGCAACACUUGGCGCUCCAGUACUGGCUCUGCGAGCAAGACGGCUGCUCCAAAACCACGAAUCCUCCGACUAGCCGACGUUCCUCUUCCUCUUCCUCUUGCUCUGUCACACCGACACCACCCGCCCUACCAAACGGUGCCAUCUUCAACCGCAAAGAUCUCUACACACAACACGUUCGCCGCAUGCAUGUGCCGCCCCAUGUACGGAAGGCCCAGAAGCAGAAGAAGCCCACUCCCGAGUGGGACGAGCAUCUCAAGAGUCUUCAAACGGACGCGGAGAAGAUUCGCUGCGAUCUCCCGAAAUACAUGCGCUGUCCCGCUGCCGACUGCGGACAUGACUUCAACGGACCCCAGGCUUGGGAUGAACGUAUGGAGCACGUCGCGCGACACCUCGAGCGCGCCGCCGAGGGAAAGGAACCCAUGGUCCACUUUGGUGGAGAGCACGACCUGACACUCACACAAUGGGCCUCCAGCGCUGAUGUCUACGUUGUCCGGCGGACACGAAACAUGACAGCUGAGUGGGAACUCAUUAACCCGCUCAAAGGAGAGGUUGGUCCCUCUGCUGGCAACGGUAAGGGGGGCAGCACCACCACUACCAACUCGACUGUUCACAAGGAAAUUGUUGUUGCAGUCUGCUCCGAUGAGGAUGCUGAGGGUGAGGACGAAGAAUAA